CUGCUGCUCAGCUCAUAAGCCCCCAAAAGCAGAUCCAACCAAAUUGUUAAUCUGUCAAUUCAUUCAAAUCCAUCAUCUCAAAUCAAUCAAUCAAUCAAUCAUAACAUCCCCCACACAUAAAUUUCAAUACCAGAAAAGAAAAACAAACAUGUCUAUCUCCUCUUCCUCCACCACCACCAUCACCACCUUAUCACCACCUCCAGUUCUUGAACACAUCCCUCCUUCCUCCGCAGAUCAGCUCUGUUAUGUUCACUGCACCCGUUGCGACACCGUCCUCGCUGUUAGUGUUCCUUCCACAAGCUUGUUCAAGACGGUGACUGUUCGCUGUGGCCACUGCACCAACCUCCUGCCGGUCACCAUGCGUGGCUUGUUGCUACCACCGCCGGCUGUCAAUCAGUUCCGUGUUGGUCACUUCCCGAUGAAUCAGAAUAUUUAUCCAAAUGAUACUUCUACAACUGCCCCAGGAAGAAUUUUUGAUCUUCCAAAGCCCCCUGUGAUUAAUAGACCACCGGAGAAGAGACAGAGAAUCCCGUCGGCCUACAACCGAUUCAUCAAGGAAGAAAUCCAACGGAUCAAAGCUAGAAAUCCGGAUAUUAGCCACAGAGAAGCUUUCAGUGCUGCUGCAAAGAACUGGGCUCACUUUCCACACAUUCACUUUGGUCUCAUGGGUGAUCAGACUACUGCUGUCAACAAGAGCAGCAUGCGCCAACAGAUAUUGAUGUAGGAGACAGGAGGUGGUUUAAUGGAAGGAAGUUUCUUUGCUUCUGCAAAUUUGGUGUAUCACCUUAUUACUACCAACUUCAAUUCGUCUCUCUCUUGGAUUCUUUGAAUCCCUAAUUAGUUGGCGAGCUUUAUUUGCUUGCACCUUUCAAACUCUCAUGUACUAUACUACUAUACUUGUUUUAAUAUCUCUUUUUAAACAAUUA